AUGCCAUCCAGUUCCCUCUUGAAUCUGUCUUUAGAGCUUGCAUACAACAUCUUGCUUCUCACCCUUGAGGUAUCAGGGGACCUAUGAACGAAAUAGAAGAAUGCAAGACGGUUGUUAGAAGGAAACAUAAACUGCGAUCUAGAGAUACAGAGGAUGAAACAAUUACCAUGCAAUGAAAAAGAUCUUGCUCUUCUGGCAGUUCUCUUCAGUAACAAAGUCAUAGUCAUAAAUGGCAUAUCGGCACUCAUCUGCAGGAAGACUACCAGCGAAAUCGUCGUAGCUAAGAGCGGGCUCCCCAAGCUUCUCCACAGUAACCUGCUUCACCUUCUCAUCAAUCUUGAAAACAAUAAAACGAUAUGUCCUCUUUGCCUUUAG